UAUCUCCAGUCUGCAGGGCUUGGCUAGUCACAUCGCUACGUUACACGUAGUAGCUUCAAGGCUAACGCCGAUUUCCGACCUCGAGCUUUCCCCGCAAAUGAAAAUCCAUCCAUUAGCAUAGUUUCUUUUGCCAUGACCUGAUAAAGCAUCUAUAGUCUCGAGAAUUGCUUCCAAUGUCGCCAUCGAUACCAAAUUUGCAUCAUUGCUUUGAUCAUACUUUAGGUCCUACAAAUCUCCUUAGGAGCAAGAGCAGUCCCAUCAAUGUAGCCGACGGGUUAGUGGCAACGUCCUCGACUCGGGAUAAUGGCCGACGACGACACCAUCAAAGGCCUGUCCGUUGAGGCAGGGAGCUCCCGACCCGAAGAUACGGAGCUGACUCCACAGGAGCAGCGACGGGUUAUCCGUCGGGUUGACGCACGAUUAAUUGUCAUGUUGGGGUUCCUGCACACCGUAUCGCUGCUUGACCGGGGGAACCUAUCUACUGCAGCGGUUGCGGGAAUGGAGAAGGAGUUGCACCUCCAGGGUAAUCAAUAUAAUAUCAUUGCUGUCGUGUUUUUUCCUCCCUACAUCUGCCUGCAGAUGCUGGGUCCAGUGCUGAUUCGUAGACUGGGCCCAAAGUUCUUUCUUGCGGGAAUUUGCUUUAUCUGGGGUAUUGCUAUGAUGUGCGGUGGAUUCGUCCAUAACUGGGCUCAACUAGCUGGCAUUCGAAUCAUCAUCGGAGCCUUGGAAGCAGGGUUCUUCCCCGCUGCUGUCUAUCUAAUUGCGACCUGGUACACCCGCUAUCAGAUGCAGAAGCGAUUUGCCAUUUUCUACCUGCUCGGCUGUGUGGCAUCGGCAUUCACCGGUAUUCUAUCUUAUGGCAUCACGUUUAUGAACGGCCUGGGCGGCCUCACAGCAUGGCGCUGGAUUUUCGUCAUCCAAGGCCUCCUCACCUGCACACUGGCAGCAAUCAGCUACUUCGUGCUAAUCAAUUUCCUGGAUCGUAUGCGAUCAAGCAAGAGUCGAUUCCUGUCGGACCGAGAAUACGACUUCAUUACUGACCAGAUCAACGACGACCGCGGGGACGUGAGACUCGAGCCAUUCAAUUUGAAGAAGUAUCUUGUCGCUGCACUGGACGUUAAUAUCUGGGGAUUUGGACUAGUGUACUUCUGCACUACAUCCACUGCUUAUUCAAUAGCAUAUUUUCUGCCUCUGAUAUACAGGCAGGGAAUGGGCUUUUCGAUGGGAGCAUCGCUGUGUCUCUUCGCUCCACCGUACGUGGCUGCGGGGAUCACCAUGAUGGCGACAUCGUGGAUUGGGGAUAAGUACCGGCUGCGAGGGCCGAUAAUCGUUUUCAAUGCCAUGUUGGCUUUGAUCGGGCUGCCUUUGAUGACCUUCACCAAGGGCAACGGGCCACGACUGGUCGGGUGUUUUCUUACUACCAUGGGUGCCAACUCGAACGUCCCUGCUGCUAUGGCAUAUCAGGCAAACAAUGUUCGCGGUCAGUGGAAGCGAGCGGCCUGCAGCGCCAUCUUUGUCGGUCUCGGUGCGUCGGGCGGCAUGGUCGGAUCUCUGGUCUUUCGGUCUCAGGAUGCCCCGGAAUACCGGCCGGGGAUGCUUACCUGUAUUGCAUUACAGGCUGCUGCGAUAGUGUUGGUGGGGUUGUUGACCAUUCGAUUGUAUCUGCGCAAUCGUCGCGUGGAUCGGGGAGAGUUGGUUAUUGGGGAUCUGCCGGGGUUUCGGUAUACUUAUUAGCUGGUUUACAGUCGAAGCUGAUUGGCUGUAUUCAUGUUCUGGUCUGCUAUGCUUGAAGUCGCUGGUAUUAUGCUCGACGAUGAAAUUAAACAUGAGAUGAUGGCGAUAACUAAAUCGCUCUAAAUAAGUGUACAAUGGUCUAAUGCAAUGCAUGUAUGCUUAGCCAUCCAAAUAUGCGUUCAAACAUCCCUUCACUGUCCGCUUCAUCCAUAAUCCAGGUCUAAAGCCCUGAGUCCAUCCCUGUCCUGAACGGUUGGCUUCGCGUACCUUCCAGA